CGUUCACAAAACCUUACUAAACCAAAAAAACUAAAAGAUUUGUAUAGAUUCUUGAGUCUAUAUAGAGUCUAUAUUUAUUUUUUUUGUAGUAAGAUCGUCUUUAUUUAGAUCGAGAUCUGUAAUUCAGAUCUACCUAGGUCUAGAUUCUACAUUUUAUUACCAUGGCUCGAAAUAGUGAAAAAGCUAUGACAACAUUAGCUCGAUGGAGGGCUUCACAAGUUGGUGGCAUUAAAGAAAAGGAACGCAGACCUUACCUUGCAUCUGAUUGUGAUAAUCUGCAAGAGGCAGAAAAAUGGAGAAGACAAAUUAUAGGAGAAAUAUCCAGAAAAGUGGCACAAAUUCAAAAUGCUGGUUUGGGAGAGUUCAAGCUUCGAGACUUAAAUGAUGAAAUAAAUAAACUUUUAAGAGAGAAAGGGCACUGGGAGGACAGGAUUGUAGAACUGAAUGGACCAGAUUAUAAAAAAACAGGUCCUAAAAUGUUAGACAGUGAUGGCAAAGAAGUCCCAGGAAAUAAAGGCUACAAAUAUUUUGGGGCAGCUAAAGAUUUGCCAGGAGUUCGGGAGUUAUUUGAUCAGGAACCUGCUCCUGCUCCUCGUAAAACAAGAGCCGAGUUAAUGAAAGAUAUUGAUGCAGACUACUAUGGAUAUAGGGAUGAGGAUGAUGGCAUAAUUAUUCCACUGGAAGCAGAAGUGGAAAAACAAGUCAUCAAAACUAAAGUGCAAGAAUGGAAAGAAAAGCAAAAUAAAGUUCAGACAGGGGAAAUGACUCAUGAAGAAGCUCACGGUGCUGAGGAAGAACUAUUUUCAAAAGAAGCUCUUGCAGAAAAAGACGAUGAAGAGGAUGAAAGUUUAAAGCCCAGUACCAGCAAAGAUUUCUAUCGUGAAUUUGACAAGCAACAUUUUAUUGCUCAUGUCCCUGUGCCAUCACAAAAAGAGAUCGAGCAAGCUUUACUUCAUAGGAAAAAGAUGGAACUCAUUCAGAGAUAUGCUUCUGAUAAUUUACAAGAAGAGGAAAUGGAAUCAAGGACUAUGUUGGGUGUUUGAUAAGCGCACCAGUUAAAUGGAUCUUUUAUGUAUAUGAGUUAUUGAGAAUGAGUGAUAUUUAAAAAAAAAAUAUACUUGAGUGAAUGUGAUUGAGGAAGGUUUUUUAAAUGUACAUAAGAGUGAGUGGGAAUGAGGCGGGUUUUUAUAAGUUGUAAAUAUGAAUAAAUGAAAUUUUCCUGGAAUUGUGGACUGAGUUGAUGCUAUUUAAUAUAACUUCGUACAAUGUUUAUGAAUUUGUUAAUGUUAUUUGUGAGAGAUAUAUUCUACUGUAUUUCCCCUGUUGAAACUAAUAAAUUUUUGUUUCUAUAAAGUUGCUGUGUUGAGAAAUGCUUUAACCUCUUUUAAGUUCUUCCUUUUAGGUCAAUGUUAAGUAACUUUAGGUAUUUGGUCAGAAGACCAUAUUUACAUAGCCUUAUUCAGAAUUAUUAAAAUCAAACAAUUUUCUUCUUUGUUUCCUUUCUAUAAGAGACUGCAUGUUACCCUUUGGAGGUUUCCAAUGAUUUUAUCUUACAAAUUAAAGACAUUUCUUCAAAAAAAGAUAAUUUCAUUCUAAGACUGCUAAGUCAUUGGGUUUCCUGGUUGAUUCCAAACUGUUAUGGCACUUUGAAAGGUGGAGUACUUGUACAAAUGUGUCCUUGUGUAUGGAAUAAGAAAUGUGCCUUUAUCUUUGUGUCUUGAGUAUUUUUGUUAGGUUGUGUUUUUGUACUUUAUUUAUUGUUGAUACUUAAGUCUUCUUUUCUAAAAUGUCAAUAAAUUUUGUGAUUUCA